ACCCCUCCCUCCAUACCAAACAGUUCCUUUCUUCUUCGCUCUCUCUUUCUCUUUCUAUUAUCAGUUUCGCUCGAAAAAAUUUUCAGCUUUCAUGGCGACCACUGAAGAUUCCGCUCACCCGCCACUCCCUACAGUUGCAGGUCUUCAAGAACAGCCACAGGCUCUACAUCAGCCACAGUCUUCAUCCAUUCUUCCUCAGUACCCUGAGAUGAUUAUGGCGGCGAUCGAGGCUUUGGACGACAAGGACGGCUCCAACAAGUCAGCGAUCUCGAAACAAAUUGAGUCUACUUACCCUGAUCUGCCGGCGGCCCACACUACGCUGCUGGCGCACCAUCUCAACAAGAUGAAGCAAAGUGGUCAGCUCGUUAUGGUCAAGAACAACUACAUGAAGCCGGACCCAAAUGCCCCACCCAAGAGAGGACGCGGCCGGCCACCCAAGCCCAAAGUACCAGUUCCACCUGGAACCGUGAUUGCCCCUCCUAGACCACGUGGUCGUCCACCCAAGCCAAAGGAUCCGUUUGCUCCAGUAGCUCCACCAAAGAAGAGCACGAGUGGUAGCGGAAGGCCCCGUGGACGCCCACCUAAGAAAGCUAAGACGGAAGUUGCCCCGACUUCAGCUCCGGCAGCUCAGGCAAAAGGCGUGAAAAGAGGGAGAGGCAGACCGCCCAAGGUGAAGUCGGCUGUGGCCCCAGUCGCCGGUUGAGGAAAACGGAAAAGAGAUGGGAAGAGGGAGAGAUGAAGAGAGAGAAAGAGAAGGGGAGAAAAGAGGUUUUUUUUUUUUGUUAUUAUUCUUUAUAAUUUUUUAGGUGUGUUAGUUCUCUCUACUAAUUGAUGUUUUAGCUUUUAGCUCUUAGCUUUGUCUUAUUUUAUAAUUUUUCUUAAUUUUUAUGUGGGUAGUUUAAUAUGUGGUGAGGAAAGUGUUGUAAUGUUGGGUUGGGGGUGGUUAGUGUAACUGUAAUUUGCAUGUAAAUUUGAUCAGCGGCUGAGUAGGCUUUUUAGCCCUCUUUUUAAUUAUCUCUCUUGAUAAUCCAAAAGAGGGUGAACCAACAAAAAAAAGAAAAAACAAAAAAUGAGACUUGAUUCUGAUCACUUUUUUUCCA